AUGAUGAUAACUACAGCAAGGAUGCUCCCAGGUUUAUCACGAACUGGAACAUAUGCCGGCCGAACUCUUACUCGAUGUGGCCGACUACAUAGUCAACUAUCUGCUUCACAAAGUAGAACUCUCCAAACAUCAUCAAAUUUAUACAUCGCAUCAACCCGACGAUACACCUCUCACAAACCAAACUUUUCCACUCCUCUUCAAGCACGAAUAUUCCCUUCAUUGAUAUUCGUUGGAGUAAUUCUCGCGAGCGGCGGCUAUUAUCUUCUCACACCACCUUCUCGACCGAAUACUCUCAAUGACAUAACAUUCGUUCCCUACGCCAUCACGGCCCGCGAGGCCAUCUCACCAGCCUCAUUCGUUAUAACCGCCGUUCCUCGCACACCGAAUCCUUCCUUACCUUAUCUCAACUCUUCAAAUAGUCAAUGGAAGAACCCUCUAUGGUCCGUUGAGUUCAAGCAGCCCGAGGUGCAAAUCUCGCGACACUACACGCCUCUCCCACCACUAUCUAGCGAGGAUCCAACAGAUGGUGCGCUGCGCUUUUACAUCCGCACUGUCGGCGACGGAGAAAUGUCGAAUUAUCUAGGCCGAAGACGAAUUGGCGAUGAUGUUUUCCUGCGUGGUCCUCAUGUGGGCUUUGAGCUUGCUGAGCGGUUGGGAGAGCACUCUCGCCUUGUCUUUCUUGCCGGUGGAACGGGUGUUGUCCCUGGUAUUCAAGCAGCCAAGGCCGUGCUGGAAGCGAAUGAGAGGUCAAGUGUUGAUUUGCUCUGGGCUGUGAGGAAGCGAGAGGAGGUACAAAACAGUACUCCCCCGCAAUCAUCGUCAUGGAAGUUCUGGCAGGAAAAGAAGCCGACAACAUUAGGUCUCGAGGUUGAGAGUCCUAGCCCUGUGACUCAACGCUUACAGGAUCUCAAGAAGACUUAUGGUGAUCGUCUGAGAAUCCAAGUCGUUGUUGACGAGGAGGGAACUCGUUUCCAGGACAAGGACAUCAAUGGCACUAUUACGACCUCGCCUGGAACUGUAGCUUCCUUUAACGCGGGCUGCCGAUUCCACGACCAGGCGAUGCACGUCCACGCGUCUGAAUUCGCGCUGCCUGGGGGAUCUGGCUGUGUCUGCGAACUGCGUCAAGGAACCACAACCGGAAAGAAUUUAUUUAUCGUUUCUGGCCCAGAUGGUUUUAUCGAGCAUUAUGCUGGACCCAAGAUUUGGCUAGGGGGACAACAAACACAAGGGCCAAUCGCGGGAGUAGCUGGACACUUGCAAAGGCAAAACCCUGCUUUGGCAAGGGACUGGUUAGUUCUCAAGAUGUGA